AUGCGGGGAUGCGCGAUGAGUGUUGCCCCCGGUCCAAGCGUUCAGCCGAAGAAUUUUGAUGCAGCUACCGACCACAAGGCAUGCAGCCAGCACACUCUCUCUGCCCUCGACCGUUACGGCGCUACCCUACAAGCCUUGGGAUGUAUUUGCCGCACUCUUAUUGCUCUUGGCGAGGAAACCUGCUGUGAAGUUCGCGAACGCCAUUCACUGGCACCAAGUGGGAAACAAGAUUCCAGUACGUCAUCUGCAAGCUCCCUUCUUCGGACCUCGCUGGAUUCCGUUAGGAGCAACCGCUCCCUCACCAAGGACCAGUCUGUGCAGAAUCUUCCUCGCUUGCAAAGGGUCUCUGGUGAAAGCGACAGGUCUGUCAAGAACCAGUCCGCUGAUGCUUGCAUCGUCUCUACUUUUUCAAUGGACAAACCCACCACAGGCCCUCCUAUCAAAAACAAGUCUUCGAAGAUGUGCUGCUCCAAGGGCAAAUCUGUCAAGCAGCUCCCGCCAAAGGGCAAUCAUGCUGGCUCUCCCUGCACGGACGAAAAACCUAUCCAAGAAGCAGAAAGGAAGGAAGAGUGCUCCUCCUCUUGCUGCUCUGGAAACGAGGCCACCACGGUUCCAUCCGACGAGAUGAAACGCACCAAAUCUUGCCAUUCCCUCGAAAAUUCUGCAAAACAUCCUGCUGUAAGAACUGGAAGCCUUGAAUUUUGCCGCUCGGAGACCCCUCGUAUUGAAGAAUCUGCCCUCAAGGUUGGCUGCCCCGGUUCCCAUCGUCUAGGAAACCAACCCGACAAAGACAACGACGCCAAGGGCACCCUUGAAAACUCGUGUUAUUUGAAGAUCAACCCCGUUGUUGAACUUCCAGCUAGUUCGCGUGCAGGAUCUUGUUGCGGAACCAGUAAGAACGCGAUCACCGAAGAAUACCUCAUUGCCGACUCUUCCGGCUCUUGCUGUAAGCCACCCAAGCAGGAUAUCGUGCAGACUCCAAAGAGUAGUUGCGCAGACUCCUGUUGCACGAACAUUCAGCCGGUCAUGACUCAAGGCUCCUGCGCCGAUGCUUGCUGCUCCUCUGCUGCGCCAGAUCCUGGCUCUAAGAUUGUUAAAGCCCCAGUUCAGGACGCCACCGACAUAGAGAACCAGGGUACCGGCAAGGAAUAUGUUAUUCUCAGCAUUUCUGGCAUGACUUGUACUGGGUGCGAAACAAAGCUCAAACGAACCCUUGGUUCUGUCGCCGCCGUCGAAGACCUGAAAACCAGUCUGGUUCUCUCCCGGGCCGAGUUCAACAUUGACCUCCGCUUUGGGUCGGUGGAGGAAGUCAUGAAACAUCUAGAGCGAACGACUGAAUUCAAGUGCCAAAGAGUCCAGAACCACGGUUCAAGCCUAGAUUUUAUUGUGCCCGGUGAGCUCUCGAAACUAAUUAAUCAGACGUGGCCGGACGGAGUCAUUGACAUUGUCCCCGUGGACAAACAUACUGUGCGAGUUGCGUUUGAUCCGAAUGUAGUGGGAGCUCGAGACCUCACCGAGAAGAUUUGGGGCCCGCCAAUUCAACUUGCUCCUCUACGCGGUGAUCCUUCUCUAGAGGCUGGCGGCAAGCAUGUCCGCCAUGUCGGAUAUAUGACCGUACUCUCUGCUGUCUUGACCAUUCCGGUCCUGGUUAUGGCAUGGGCUACGCUUCCCGAGAGGGAGGUAGUAUAUUCCUCGGCUUCACUCGCCUUGGCCACCAUUGUUCAAGUUGUCAUAGCAGGGCCUUUCUACCCCAAGGCCCUUAAAGCUCUCCUUUUCUCGAGAGUUAUAGAAAUGGACCUUUUGAUCGUCUUGAGUACCAGCACUGCCUACGUCUUCUCGGUUGUCUCCUUUGGGUAUCUCAUUGCAGAGAAACCCCUUUCGACCGGUCAAUUCUUUGAAACGAGCACUCUUUUGGUCACUUUGAUCAUGGUUGGUCGAUGGGUUGCCGCUCUCGCUCGUCAGAGAGCUGUCGAGUCCAUUUCUAUUCUGUCCCUUCAGGCAUCGACAGCUAUUCUUGUCGACAAAGAAGGUGGAAGAGACCGUGAAAUUGACGCCCGCCUUCUUCAAUACGGCGACACCUUUAGAGUUCUCCCUGAUACUAAAAUUCCGACCGACGGCACUGUUAUUCAUGGGUCAUCUGAGGUCGACGAGUCUAUGCUAACUGGUGAGUCUAGACCGGUGGAGAAAUAUCCCAAGUCUGUUGUGAUUGCCGGGUCUAUCAAUGGACCUGGAACCGUGACUGUUCGACUCAAUCGUUUACCCAGCGAGAACACUAUCAAUAAUAUCGCUGCCAUGGUCGAUGAGGCGAAACUGUCGAAACCCAAGCUUCAGGAUCUAGCGGACCGGGUUGCAGCCUAUUUCGUUCCGAUUAUAAUGGCACUGACGAUCAUCACGUUUGUGAUUUGGGUUGCAGUGGGCAUGACGAUUCGUGAACACGAUGGAGCCGAAGCUACAAUUCAGGCUAUCACCUAUGCCGUUACUGUCCUCAUUGUCUCUUGUCCCUGCGCCAUCGGACUGGCCGUUCCUAUGGUCGUUGUGAUUUCCAGCGGAAUCGCAGCGGAGAGAGGUAUUAUUUUCAAGUCAGCGGAUGCUAUUGAAUUGGCUCAUAAGACUAUGCACGUGGUGUUCGACAAGACUGGGACCUUGACUCGGGGAAAACUUUCUGUUGUCGCGCAAAACUGCGUUGACGGGGACAAACUUCCGAUUCUUCUAGGCCUCAUCGAAAACAGUCGACACCCAGUCUCAGUUUCUGUGGCUGCCCACCUUAAGGAUGCUGGGAUUAUUGCUUCGACUGUCCCCGGGUCUAAGAGCCUAACUGGUAAAGGCAUUGAAGCUAUUUUAGGUGGCCAGAGCCUUCGAGCAGGCAAUUCUCGCUGGCUGGAUUUAUCGGAACAUGAACUUGUUCAACCAAUGCUCGCCCGAGGUUACACUGUCUUCUGCUUUACAAUUGAAAAUGAGUUUGUGGCCGUCUAUGGCCUGGAAGAUGAGCUCCGACCUGACGCCACAGGGACAAUUGAGAUCCUGAAAAGGCGAGGCGUCUCGGUGCAUGUGGUUUCUGGCGACGAUGACGGAGCUGUCCAGACACUAGCAGCCAAGCUUAGCAUUCCUGGCAGCAAUAUUCGCUCUCGGAGCUCACCUGCUGACAAGAAGGACUACAUCCAGGAGCUCCUUGGAGAUGGCAUCGACCGCAAGGAACCGGUUGUUGUGUUCUGCGGUGACGGCACGAACGAUGCCGUUGCUCUUGCGCGGGCUACAAUCGGCGUUCAUAUCAACGAAGGCACGGAUGUCGCACAAUCCGCAGCGGAUGUGGUUCUCAUGCGGCCUUCUCUGGCUGGAAUACCCACCAUGAUGAAUGCCAGUCGGACGGCUGUCAACCGCAUUAAGUUCAAUUUUACAUGGAGCUUCGUAUAUAACAUCUUUGCAGUCCUUCUAGCUGCGGGUGCUUUCGUGGAUGCGAGAAUUCCUCCAGAGUUUGCAGGGCUUGGAGAGUUGGUGAGCGUGUUGCCGGUCAUUGCAGCUGCGGUGCUUCUGCGCUGGUCGAAGAUCUAA